AUGAGAAUGACUAUCAUAGUGCCGAAAUUAGCGGCAUUGAGUCUCGUUGUGCUUUUCGGUAUCGCACUUGCGAUACCAACGUACGCAGGUACCCAAUUGUGGGACUUCGAGGAAGAUCACGAUGACUGGAAAGUUGCCAAUGGGGAAUGGGAAAUCAAAGGUGGUACCUAUCACGUUGACCGAGGUGGACAAGCCGAACAUUCGCUCAUCGGCGAAGAAAAGUGGGAUAACUAUACCAUUGAAGCGAAAGUUCGGUUAGACGCUGGCAAUUGGGCCGGUAUCGUUUUUCGGGCGGAAAGCGAGAUGGAAUACUAUGUUUACUACCUCAAUGUGCCUAGUAACAUAAUAGAACUCUGGCGACACAAAGAGGGUGGCUGGGCUGCCCGCGACAAUAUCGCGCAAAAUCCUGCUGUUGAGAAGGUCAAAAUAGCCAACGAGGAAUGGAUUGAUAUGAAAGUAGUCGUUGAAGGCGACACCUUUGAGGUGCACCUUAAUGCCUCCGUCGCUUUUGCCGGCGAACAAACUUGGUCAUUUGAAGGGGAAGCAGACGACUGGACACCCGCUAACGGCGAUUGGAGUGUCGAAGAUGGCACUUAUAAGCUUGCCAAAGGUGGUAGAGCCGAGCACUCCCUCAUCGGUGACGUUGGAUGGGAAGAUUACACUGUUGAGGCGAAAGUUCGGCUUGAUGAAGGGAACUGGGCAGGUGUUGUCUUUCGCGCACAAAGCGAGAUGGAAUACUAUGUCUACUAUCUCAAUGUUCCGAAUAACAAAACUGAGCUUUGGCGACAUAAGACCGGAGCGUGGGACGCUCGCGAUAAGAUUGGCGAACUCGCUGGAUCUAACAUCACUGUAGCGAACGGCGAAUGGUUUGACAUGCGAGUCGUCUUAGAAGGCAAUGUGAUGAAACUCUGGAUUAACGGUGAAGAGCAAGGCGAACUCGCCGAUGAAACCGGUGCCGGAUACCCUGCUGGUCAAGCCGGUGUGUGGGCGUGGGAAACUGCUGCGAGUUUUGAUGAUGUCAAGGUCGUUGGGGAUGAGGUCAUCGGCGGCGGAACCCCGGUCGAACCCCAAGAUAAAUUGGCUACCACGUGGGGACACAUCAAACAGCGUUUUUAG